UUCCGGUGCCGCUGAGGGCGCUUCCGGCGGCGCUGGCGGGGCCGGGGCCGGGGCCGGGGCCGGGGCGGGCCCGCCAUGCGCUACAACGAGCGGGAGCUGCUGUCCCUGGCCCGCCAGCCCGCCGAGAAAGCGGCCGAGAUCCGCAUGAGCGUCCCCAAGAAGGGCAGCGUGCUGAAGAAGCGCCUGGUGAAGCUCGUGGUGAACUUUCUCUUCUACUUCCGCACCGAUGAGGCCGAGCCCAUUGGAGCUCUGCUGCUGGAGCACUGCAAGGUCACCAAAGAGGAGGAGAACGUCUUCUCCAUCAGUUUCAUCGAGGAGCCAGAGAGGAAAUACUGCUUCGAGUGUGCCACGGAGGAGCAGUGCCAGGAGUGGGUCGAGGCACUCAGGAGAGCCAGCUACGAGUUCCUGAGGAGGAGCCUGAUUUUCUACAGGAACGAGAUCCAGAAGAUGACAGGGAAGGGAACAGUCGGGUGAGCAGGAGCAAAGCCCAGCACUGAUUUGAAUGCUCAUCGCCAAUGCCAUUUCUCAACUGAAUGUACAACAGAAGCUGUGAAGAGUGGCCGGGGCCAGGCCCGGGACUCAGAUCCGUUGUAGGGCAGGGCUGGGACACGGGGUGGGAGAGGGAGGGAGGGAGGAUGGUACUUUGUAGACUCUUUGUAAGACAAUUGCUCAUUUUUCACAUUCUGAUGACUUGACUUGUGUUUCAGCUAGAGCCAGUUCCAGGCUCCCUGAGAGCCAUUUCUGUGUUGUACAGUGAACAUUCCCAAUAAAUCUUGUUUUAAUCUUU